AUGCAGUCAUACUCAGUACUCCAGGAUGCCCUAGAAACGUUCUGGCAGCAUUGGCACAAAGAUUAUCUGCAGAAUCUGGCCGAGCGGAACCAAAAAAGACUUCCGCAGAAGCAAGGUUCAAAGAGUAGUCCAAGAGUCGGAGAUGUUGUACUAAUAAAACAAGAGAAUAUUUCACGCUCGUCGUGGCCUCUUGGCCUCAUAGUACAAAUCAACGAAUCCGUUGACGGAUUCACCCGUUCUGUGAAAGUAAAGACUAAUGAUCGUUCAAUCAAUCAAUUAAUCCCACUGGAAGUUUCGACAGAAGACAAAGCAAUUACGACGAAGCAAAAACGAGUCGAGCAGCCGACACGAAUCCAGCCGGACAGAAGAGUGAAAAGAAGAACUCCCAGUACAGCAGAUCUUUGGCCACGGGCCUAUCUUCUUGUGUUGCCGGAGGCUGGACCACGGUCCACCUUCACAAUAGUUCAGUUUGUCGAUUCGUUUUCAGUCCAUCGAUAG